GGUGUGGCAGUAUUAACCAGGUCUGCCAGAUGAACCUGGAUCAGCCCCUAAUCAAAAGAGAUCCAAGCACUGACCUGCUGUCAGUAAAUGUCAAUCAAGAGCUGAUUGCUGUGCUCAAGGACAUGAAUCACCUAAAAAACCUUAAUCAGAUGAACAUUCCUUCUGCUGCUAUGAAGGUGUAUGAAAAUAGAAAAAUGUUCUUUAAGAACCUUGGGAGCCUACAUUUACUGGUGCAGCGGUACAGUAAGCUGAAACAGACAGCUCUUGAAGUGGAGGCUGCUCAUAUGAGAGAUGAGAUGGAGACUGUUGAAUGGCACAUCCAUCGAGCUGAAACUGGACUUACAUGUCAAGACCAGAACUCCUGGGACUACAUCUGCACACUGAAGGACACUGUCUAUCAGCUGGAGACAAGACUACAAAAAACUAAAGACAAUAUUGAUAUGAUGGAAGUUCUGAUGAAUGGAUGGAGCAAACAGCCAAUGUUCUGUAGAAAAGACCAUAAGAAAGAAUCAACACUGCAACUGGAUGUUAGAGCAGCAAGAGUGGCAAAAACAUACAACAACCUCAGGAAAGAUGGAGAAACUAUCCAUAAUUUGUCACAGGAGAACAUGAUCCUUUUUUUUGCAGCAGAUAGUUCUUCAGAUGCAUCGAAGGCCAACUUGGAGUAUGUAGAUGAAAUGAUGGUGGAGGGAUUUUUCAGUGCAGUCUCAACUUCUCUGGAGGUUUUAUUGAGCAUAUGGAGGGGUCAGUGAGGAGGGCUCCCUUGUUUGAGGCUCAAAUGCUACUGAUGGGAUCUGAGAUUAAGUUUAAACCAUCUCUGGAUCGAGAUGGUGGUGGACUUUAUGAAUUGGUGGAAGAGUUGCUAUGUGAUGUGUUGAGGUAAUGAAUUUAAAGUGGAACAUCUGAGGUCACAUUGAAAAUAUGGAAUUCUAAAUAAAUUUAAACCUGGAAAUAAAUUCACAUUUGUGCAUUUAACAGAAACUUCAAAAUGACUUACAAUAGAGGAACAUAAGCGAUUUGUCACAGACCCAUAAAUAUUUUCAGUGUACAAUGCCACUUUUUAUAGAAAAUUAGAUUAGGAGAUAGCAGAGGAGAAGAGAAAGAUGAUGGAGAGAGUUGAUGAAGUCACGAAGAAAGACUUGCAAUAAAAGGACACAUUUAACCACUAUAGUCCCCUGUGGCUGGAUA